CCUUCGUUCUGCAGCAGAGAAAGAGGUUCUUGAUGGAUCAGUACAGAGACAUAAAUACAUUUUAUCGAUUGGAGACAGAAGUUUCCGAUUACACCAACAAAGCACGGUUCGGAGACGAUUAAUGGAGGCACAAAACGUUGCAGAAGCAAGUCGAGUACUCCACAUUGUCUACUUUCUCAGUCGAAAGGGUUAUGAAGAGCAUCCUCAUCUCAUACGAGUCGAGCAUCUCUCUAAAAAUGGCGUUCAAUUACGAGACAUCAAAAGAUGGUUGGGAGAAUUGAGAGGAAAGGAUAUGCCAAAAUCAUUUGCUUGGUCAUACAAGAGGAGGUACAAGACAGGUUAUGUCUGGCAAGACUUGUUGGAUGAUGAUCUUAUCACCCCAAUCUCAGACAAUGAAUAUGUUCUCCAAGGCUCAGAAAUUCCAUGCACAGUAACUAACACAACAGACUUAUUACACCAAGAAAUUACCAAGGAGAAAACAGAGCAAAAGCCCUCAACUGAUCAUCUCGAAACGAAACUCGAGCGGGAAAAAAAUAUUUCGAACACGACAAAUGAUCAAUCGGAAGCAAACCCUCCGAAUAAAUUCAUCACUACCGCUAAAAAAAUCGACGAAAAGGGCAUGACCCGUUUCUCGAUGAGCCUACGGAGCCUACUCAGCUGUCGUGGCACGGAGACUAAGGAAUCGUCCGUGAUGAUUGCCCGUGGUAAGCCGAAUAGACCGCCUUUCUUGAGCAUUUGUUCGGGCCAAACGUGUGAAAAUGUACGUCCCGUGUGCCAUUCUUACCACCGGACGAUAACUGAGAAGCCUCGUGGGACCCAACAUCGGAUUAGUAGUAACACAAGAAAGAUCUACGAACGAGCGAAGGAAAUGCCGACUUAUAAGCCACUCAACGGGCCAAAUUGCGCGCAAUGUGGGAAGAUUUUCAAGCCGGAAAAAAUGCAUGCACAUAUGAAGUCAUGCAGGGGAGUAAUGAGCAAAACCGUUCACAACAAGGCCAAUUUCAAUCGUGCCAUAUUUUUUUCUUCUUAUGAUGAGAAUAAAUCAAAAAUGGCCAACAUGAUGAUCAAGAAAUAAUUUUUUUUCUUUUAAUCAGUUAAUUAGGGUUUGGAAGCUUAUGAUUUAUUGUACAUAUUGUGAGCGCGCGUGCCUUGAUGCCUCUCAAGAAUUUGCAAGUUUUAAGAAUUUGAAGACCUUUUAAGUGAUUUACAAUUUUAGUUUGCAACUCAUAUGUACAUAAUGUGAUCAUCCCUACAGAUAAACAAAUAAAUGCAUGUUUAUAGACACAACAUUUAACUUAUAGCCACGAAACUAAUUUCUAGUCAAUACUCAAUAGUAAUACCCAUUUAUAUAUGGACACAAUCAAGG